UUAACUGACAUACGUCAUCUUGUCAAAUUUCGUCUCUAACGUAAACGUCAAUGUAACGUAACGCAGCCGUAACAAGCGCGUACGUUGCGCACCGGCUCCUGUAAACGCCUCCAUCGACUCAUUUUUUGCUGUCAUUCUUCAUUGUUACAAAUCAUAAACCGCCAUCCUUUCACAGAUUUUGCAACAAUAAUUAAAAAUUUCACGCUUCGUUUAACCCAUUUCAGCUUUUUUCCCGUUUGACGUGGCUGUCAGUAGCCAACUGUCAAACCUGUGUGUCAAACUUCGAAUUGACAUUUAGCAGCUGAUAACUAGGGCCCCGUUAUCGUUUGUUUUGGAAUGGAAGCCCCCGGAUCAAGUAUCCCCCGAUAACACGCCACGCAAUUGCUUUUAUCGCCACUCGUCCCAUAAUGAUAGUCGCCAUUCAUUUCAAUUCGUGCCUAACAUGAUCACCAAUCAAGGUUAUUUGAUUUGCAAAUUAUGUCCCUAAGGCUCAUGUCCGCAGUAAUAUCGACGUCACUGCCCUCCCAAACGAAGCCCGAAAGCGCUGAGAAACUACUGAAACAACUCCUAGAAUGUGUGCAGGAAUGCCAGCGACGAUACGGAGGGAAAACCGAGCUGGCAACGGAAUUUGAUAGUUGCGUUGUGGCGUUGUGUUUGACGCUAGAAGCGGUGUUGUUGAACGGGCUUCGAGCCAAGGCGCAAGAGAGCCCCCAGACGUCGACGCUCAAACAAGUGUCGGAUAUUGUGGCUAAUAGUCUCCACAUCGGGAACGAGAGCCCCUCGUUUUGGCCGUUCAUAAAAAAGCACCUAACGAGGCAUGAGCAGGAGCGCUACGUGGUGUUGAAACAUAUCUGGACGGACACUGGGAGAGGGCGGGCCUGGAUUCGGGCGUCUUUGAACGAGAGGUCGCUAGAACGAUAUUUCCACACUUUAUUGAGUAACCCUGAGAUAUUAAAAACCUACUAUGAAGACAAUGCAAUAUUACGUGAUCAAGAAAAAAGUAGCAUGUUACCUAACAUGGCUGCAGGUGUAGGCUCAAUUUUAUUCGCCAUAAACAUCGAUAAACCUGAGCUAAACAGCGGCAUCCAACCUAGGAUAGAAAAUUUCAAAUCUAAAGCAGAGCCCGUAAUAGAAGCCCCCAUAGUAGAAAACAAAGAGCGCCCCAAAAACAAAAAAAAGAAAAAAGUCGCCAGACAAUUCAUUUCCUUUGAUGAGGACGACACCAGCGUGCUCUCCACCAGUGUCCCCUCAACCUCAAGCAGUAUUUCUUCCGACAGUAAUUCAAACGACAAUCAGUCUUCCAAAACCACAAACAAACAACUAAAAGAUAUCGUCGAAGAAAACAAACCACACAAACCAGAAAUGUCAAACGAAAACGAAAAAUCAACAAUAAAGCGAAAAUUGUCGAUCGAAACCAGCGGCUCCCGCGAAAAAUUCACCGGCGACGUCCCCGAAACGUUAACGCCGGUAACGCACGCCGAAAUCGGGGAGCUGACGCCCGUAUCGGUCGAAAUCAACAAAAAUUUUGAAUCUCCGGACGUGUCCGACGAUAUCCUCGAAAUCCCCACUGACAUCAGCGAAGUUCUGACAGCGGUGGAAGCGCAAAACAAAGAAGAAUUAAAAAAGAAGCAGGAUAAAAUCGACGCGCUUUCGAAAGAAAACGAGAUCUUGAAGGAGCAAAUUAAGAAAUAUGUGGGGGCGAUUCAGAUGUUGCAAGACAACGAUGUCGACGAUUUGCAGAAAACGUUGGAGGAUUUGGAAAUCAGUGAGCAGCCGGAUUAUAAAGGCGAGGCGAAGUUGUUUGAACGAAAACUCGUCCAGGUUGCUGAAAUGCACGCCGAACUGAUGGACUUCAACGUGGCCCUUCAGCAGUCUUUGUGCCAAAAAGAUCUACUGUUAGAGCGGCUUAAGUCCGAACUCGAGGAGCUGCGCGGUCCGAUGCCUACAGACGAAAUCGUGACUGAAACCAGAGGGAACGUGAAUAUUUGGAUUCCGAGCGCGUUUCUGACAGGGAGCGGUUCCAACGCCCACCACGUGUACCAGAUUUUCCUGCGGGCGGGGAACGACGAGUGGAAUAUAUACAGAAGAUAUGCUCAAUUCUAUGCCUUGCAUUCUGAUUUAAAAAAACUUGAUCCUACAGUUACCACUUUCGACUUUCCGCCGAAGAAGAGUAUAGGGAAGAAGGAUUCGGCGCUGGUUGAAGAUAGAAGGAAGCGAUUGCAGAUUUAUUUGAGAAGGGUUUUGGCUCACUGGCCCGAGUUGGCGCAUUGCAAUAGUAGAUUUUUGUUAGAACAGCAUCUGGCAUUCUUCAAGGACCAGAAGGAUGUCGAUCCGAAGAAUAAAAGUAUAUUUUCUCCGAGGAGGAAUAGAACUAGCAACGAUAACCAUUACGCAGGGCUUUAAAUAGUUUCAUUUAGUUAAUUAUUAUUUUGAUGAAAUGAUUCGAAUCAUUUUAAUAGUUGCGUAUUUAUUUAAUCACUUAGACUUAGUGAGAUAUGUUGAUAUUUUGCGUUGUACUCGUCUUUUUUGAAAGUUUAUUCAAGGAUGAUGUUGGAGCUAACGUUUUAUUGUAAUGCGUAAGUACAAAGUUUGUAUUUGAGAUGUUUUAUAUUUUCCAAGUGAUGAAAUUAAUAAAAUUCAUUAUAGAAAGA